AUGGAGGGUCUGUCCAUCAACCCAGCCCGAGCCAGAGAUGAGAUGGCCCGGACGAUGGUCAUAGCGGCUGUUUAUCCUGAGUGCCGACUAUCGGAGAAGGGGAUGGAGUACAUCGGGACCAUGAACAUGACAGAGAUUGGGAAAGCAUGCCUCAGGUGGGAUUCCGAAAAUGUGACUUCUUCCUACGUAUCUGCAAAUGCUGGGUUCAAUGAAAUCUUGUUCUUCGAGGAACAUUUCUUGAACCAGGACCCAUCCUUGCACAAAAACUUCUGCAGGAACCCGACUGGGUUGGCUAAGCCCUGGUGCUUUGUCGAUGAUGAUGGCUUGAAGAUUGAGUUUUGCUGGAUUCGUUCCUGCGAUGAUUUCAGCUUGCCAGAGUGCAAGUUGAGCCAGAAGGGAGGGGAGUACGUAGGCGUGAAGGACAAGACCAUCUCUGGCUUCGAUUGCAUUCCGUGGCUGGAUGCAGACAGCAGCGGUGGGGACCGGAUCCGUGGGCUCCGCAAAGGAUCAUUCUCAGAUGAACUCACUGACAGUCACAAUUUCUGUCGGAACCCGAACGGAAACCCGGGUGGUCCUUGGUGCAAUAUCGUAGUUCCCGGAAAGCCCAACCUGAAGUGGGAGUAUUGCGACGUAUCCUUCUGCGAUUUCGACGCUAAACAAAGAACCAGAGAGUCUGGAGACCAUUACGAGUCAACCCGAGCCUGA